CCGCAAGCUUCUCUCAUCCCCUAGAGUCAUGGCUGACUUUUUGCAAGAUUCCAAGAAGAGUGCUGUCGAGAGUGGCGCCUCAUUUAGCGAAGAGGAGAAGCGACAUAUCGUCGGUGUGAAGUGGUUCAUCUUUGUUGUCAGUGCCCUGACCGCCAUCUUCGUCUAUGCACUCGACAAUACCAUCGUGGCCAACAUUGCACCGACGAUUGUCAAUCAUUUCAAUGCGGUGGAGGAUCUACCAUGGUUGUCGGUCGGGUUUAUGAUUGGGGGAAUGGCAAUGAUGCUUCCUUUCGGCAAGAUAUACGCCAUGUUCGAUGCCAAAUGGGUAUAUAUUGUGUCCAUGGUCGUCUUCAUGGCUGCCUCGGCCUUAUGCGGUGCAGCCCCUACCAUGAACGCAGAGAUUGUGGGACGUGUUUUCGCUGGGGCUGGGGGCAAUGGCAUGUACUUUGGCCUGCUGGCCCUGCUGUCGACGAACACCACCAGUCAGGAACGGCCAAAGUAUCUCGGCUUGACAGGCCUGGUAUGGGGUCUAGGCACGGUGCUGGGUCCGGUGGUGGGCGGAGGGUUUGAAUUGUACACCUGGCGCUGGGCUUUCUAUAUCAAUCUGCUCCUUGGUGCCAUCCUACUCCCUGCAUACCUCUUCGUCAUUCCAUCCAACGACCCGCUCCCCGGAGUGUCUGUGUGGCAGAAGUUGGCGAGCUUCGACUGGGUGGGAGCCGUGCUCAGUGUGGGCGCGUUCACCACACUGGUGAUGGGGAUCAACUUUGGUGGCACACUGUAUGCAUGGAACAGCGGUCAGAUCAUCGCCCUCUUUGUGGUGUCGGCUACCCUGUGGGUUGUCUUUGGUCUGCAACAAGCCUUCAAUAUUCUCACUUCCGUUCCGAACCGAAUGUUUCCCAUGCAUUUACUUCGUCAGAAGGAACCAGUUCUGCUCUUCAUCUCCUGUGCGGCCGUGGGAGCCGUCGCUUGUGUCAGUGUCUACUACAUCCCCAUCUACUUCCAGUUCACCCAGGGCGAUAGUGCGAUCAAGUCGGCUGUUCGGCUGCUGCCGUUCAUUUGCCUCUUGAUUACCACCAUUCCCGCCAGCGGAGCUGCCAUGUCUUGGAUCGGGUACUACAAGCCCUGGUAUGUUGGAGGGAGUAUCAUUGCGUUGAUCCCCGCCAUUCUCAUGGCCACCAUCGUCAACACACAUACCUCGGUUGGAGUCAUCUACGGACUAGAGGUGGUCCUAGGUCUCGGGGCUGGAGCCUACGCCCAAGCCUCAUUCGCUGUCAUCCAAGCUGUCGUGCCCUCGGCUGAGGCAUCCAAUGGCCUGACACUCAUGAUCCUGGCUCAACUAAGCGGUAUGACGCUAGGUCUUUCAAUCAGCGGAGCGAUUUUCGUCAAUGAAGCCCAGACCCAUCUAUAUGCUCUUCUCCCAGACCUUCCUCGCGCCUAUGUCGGCCAGAUCGUAUCAGGCACCAGCAGCCAUGUGCUUGCUUCUUUGUCGGACACGCUGCGCGUGCAAGCCUUGGAUAUUAUUGUGUCGGCAUGGCAUAACACGUUCAUCUGUGUUUUUGUUGGUGCGGCAGUGAGCUUAGUAUGUGCUGUGUUUAUGUCGCACAAACGCGCCAAUAUUACUGCCACUGCAGGUGGUGCAUAGUCCAUUUUAGACAGCUGUUGGGUACAGGUUUGAUUCACACGUAUGACAGAUAGGUGUUUUUCAUUUCUCUUUUAUGUUGCUUGGCAUGGCCCUGCGAUAUCACAAUUCAGGAUCAAAUUGUUUAAUAACUAUGUUAUCAUUUCAACUUACCCCUGACAUACAUCUUGGUCUUGGUCGACAGGUACUUGGACAUUAGAUGUCAUUCUUGAAUUCAAUUACC